GGGAGAGAUGCUGGAACUAAUGCCGGAAGGCCGCCUGUGGUCACCCAGGCUCUCCUCCUUCUCCUCCUCAGCCCACUGUCUCCUCAUCUCACCCCAGAGCAGAACUGAGUUCUGAGCAUCUACAGCGAAAUUGCUGGGCUUUGGAAAGGAAGACUGGGCUCAGAAUCCUCUCAGGGCCUUGGAUAUCUCUGACCACAAAACAAUCCAAGAUUCUUAUUGGAAGACCACGAUCCCAGAAGCAUAUUCUCAAGUUGAAAAGUUAGAGUGAUAUUCAAAAUGAAUCUGAUUGGACACUCCCAUUUACAGGCCACGGAUGAGUUUUCUCUUUCUGAAAACUUAUUUGGUAUGCUAACAGAGCAUGCGGCGGGUCCUCUGGGGCAGAAUCUGGAUUUGGAAUCGUACUCCCCAUACAAUAAUGUCCAGUUUCCUCAAGUUCAGCCACAGAUUUCGUCCUCGUCCUAUUAUUCCAACCUGGGUUUCUACCCCCAACAACCAGAAGACUGGUACUCUUCUGGAAUCUAUGAACUCAGGCGAAUGCCCGCUGAGACUGUGUACCAGGGAGAGACUGAGGUGUCAGAGAUGCCUGUGACAAAGAAGCCACGAAUGACCACGUCAUCGGCGGGAAGAAUAAAAGGGGAUGAGCUGUGCGUUGUCUGUGGAGACCGGGCCUCUGGGUACCACUACAAUGCGCUCACCUGCGAGGGCUGCAAAGGUUUCUUCCGAAGAAGCAUUACCAAAAACGCCGUGUACAAGUGUAAGAACGGAGGCAACUGCGUGAUGGACAUGUACAUGCGACGAAAGUGCCAGGAGUGCCGGCUAAGGAAGUGCAGAGAGAUGGGGAUGUUGGCUGAAUGUAUGUAUACAGGUUUGUUAACUGAAAUUCAAUGUAAAUCUAAACGGCUAAGGAAAAAUGUGAAGCAGCAUGCGGAUCAGGCCGUGAAUGAGGACAACGAAGGGCGUGACGCGCGACAAGUGACCUCCACAACCAAGUCAUGCAGGGAGAAAACUGAACUCACUGCAGACCAACAGACCCUCCUGGAUUAUAUUAUGGAUUCAUACAAUAAACAGAGAAUGCCGCAGGAAAUCACAAAUAAAAUUUUAAAAGAAGAAUUUAGUGCAGAAGAAAAUUUUCUCAUAUUAACAGAAAUGGCUACCAGUCAUGUACAGAUUCUCGUAGAAUUCACAAAAAAGCUUCCAGGGUUUCAGACACUGGACCACGAAGAUCAGAUUGCUUUGCUCAAAGGGUCCGCGGUUGAGGCCAUGUUCCUUCGUUCAGCGGAAAUUUUCAAUAAGAAACUUCCCGCCGGACAUGCAGACCUGUUGGAAGAAAGAAUUCGAAAAAGUGGCAUCUCUGAUGAGUACAUAACCCCGAUGUUCAGUUUCUAUAAAAGUGUUGCGGAGCUGAAAAUGACUCAGGAGGAGUACGCUCUGCUCACAGCAAUUGUCAUCCUCUCUCCAGACAGACAAUACAUAAAGGAUAGAGAGGCAGUGGAGAAGCUUCAGGAACCUCUACUUGAUGUGCUACAAAAACUGUGCAAGAUCUACCAGCCUGAGAACCCGCAGCAUUUUGCCUGCCUCCUGGGUCGCUUGACGGAACUCCGGACAUUCAACCAUCACCACGCUGAGAUGCUGAUGUCUUGGAGGGUGAAUGACCACAAGUUCACCCCACUCCUCUGCGAGAUCUGGGAUGUGCAGUGAUGGACACCGGGAGGGGCUGUCUCCUUGUCCUCCUCGGAACAGAAACCUGAUGUUGGACUUCCCUUGUUUCAUUUGUACCUGGUUUCACUCAAGAAUCUCAAUGAAUAUUUAUAUAGCAAUUAUACACCUCCCACAAUUGUAAAUACAAGCUUGAUAGAAUCGCCUUCCCUACAUUGUAUUUUACAAGGCUUCAGAAAACCCCACUGACAUGCCCUUUUUGCCUAAUUAAAUCAAUUGUUACUUCAAUUCUGUCUACUGAGCUAGGGACAACCUCGUUUUAUUCUCCAUUCAACAAUAUUAUACAUAUUUUAUUGAAGAGCUGCUUUCAACCAAGACAAUAAACUAAACGUAAUAGCAA